GGCUGUUGGACACUGAAGAGAGAAGGAGUGCCCAAUGCUGACCGCACCUCCCGCCGCCCGCUGGGAUUGGUCUCCUCCCUGGCUUGGCGCACCAGCUCCUGACCAGCAAUGACUUUGCUGAAGGGCCCUACCCUCCUGUCGCCCUGCCCUUUUCCCCCUUGCACUGCCUGUUCUGCUCCCGGCGCUGCCACAGCGGCCACCCGCGGGCCAGCACCAUGAGCGGGGCCAGGCGGCUGGAUUCCUGUGGAGGAGGGCUGCGUGGCCGGCUGGGCAGCUUGGGCUGAGGGAUGGCGUCUCUGGACCUGCCUUAUCGCUGUCCUCGCUGCGGGGAACACAAGCGUUUCCGAAGCCUCUCUUCUCUGCGGGCCCACCUGGAGUACAAUCACACCUACGAGACGCUCUAUGUCCUUUCCAAGACCAACAGCAUCUGUGAUGCCACAGUCUUCCCCCUGGCGUCCGACACCACCACCCUCUUGACCCCAGCCACCCGCCGGGACAUCUUUGAGAGCACCUCGUUCCAGGGCAAAGAACAGCAUUUCACCUGCGACCUCAUCGCCGCCGACGAACUGGAUCCUUCUUCCUCGCCGGUCGCCUCCCGCUACGUCCACGAGAUCGAGAUCCCGCUGACGGAGAUCUUCACCCGGAAGGCCAUGACGUCAGCCUCCACUCCUCCUGCCACGGCGGCCGCGGCCGCAGCCGUGGCCGCCGUGGACGCAGCCUACGAGGAAGGCUUGACCCGCCUCAAGAUUCGGGCUUUUGAGAAGCUGGAGGUGGACAAGCGCCUGGAGAAGCUGACCGAGGAGGUGGAGCAGAAGAUCGCCUCCCAAGUGGGCCGGCUCCAGGUGGAACUGGACCGCAAGACCUCGGAGCUGGAGAAAGCCAAGCAGGAGAGCCUCCGGCUGAGCCGGGAGAAACAGGAGCUGGAGGACCGGGCCGUGGAGCUGUCCCGCCAGGUGGACGUAAGCGUGGAGAUGUUGGCUUCCCUCAAGCAAGACCUGGUGCAGAAGGAACAGGAGCUGACACGCAAGCAACAGGAGGUGAUCCAGAUCGACCAGUUCCUCAAGGAGACGGCGGCCCGCGAAGCCAACGCCAAGGUGCGCCUCCAGCAGUUCAUCGAGGAGCUCCUGGACCGAGCCGACCGAGCUGAGAAGCAGCUCCAGAUCAUCAGCAGCAGUUGCGGGACGACGCCCAACUGCAGCCUCGGAAGGUGUAGCGUCCCGGGAUCCAAGAGCACGGGCCGGCCGAGAGACCGGCAUUCGGUCCCCGGUGCAACACCCCACAGCUCCUACGCCGUUUCGAACCAAAGGUCUUCAUCCAGCACAGGGGCUUCGAGCCGCGCCAAAGCCGUCUCCCAGAGCUCGGGCUGCUAUGACAGUGACAGCCCAGAGCUCUACCACGGGGACGAGAACGCAGAGGUACACCCUUACCAGGGCGGGCAGAGCCGAGGUACCGAAAGCGGCUUCGAAAGGCCCGGGGGAGUCCGCAGCUCAGGGCUUCGCAGGCAAGCCAUCCAGAACUGGCAGCGCCGGCCGUACCGCAACAGCACGGAGGGUGAGGAAGGAGACAUCUCCGACGUCGGCUCCAGGACCACCGAGUCCGAGGCAGAAAUCUGGGAGACGGAGAGCCGGGCUCCCCCGGAGGUUCAACAGCUGAACCUGUCCAGGACGGCCGAGAGCGCCCGGCUGCCAGCCCGUUCCGAUGGAGGGAAGGUUGCCAGACCCGAACGGGGGAGCCCAUCCCGCUCCAAUGAGGUCAUCAGUCCAGAGAUCCUCAAGAUGCGGGCCGCGCUCUUUUGCAUCUUCACGUACCUGGACACCAAGACUCUGCUGAGGGCCGCCGAGGUGUGCAAGGACUGGAAAUUUGUGGCCCGGCACCCUGCCGUGUGGACGCGGGUGCUCCUGGAAAACGCCCGGGUGUCCUCAAAGUUCCUGGUCAUGCUCUCGCAGUGGUGCACCCAAACACACUCCCUCACCCUCCAGAAUCUGAAGCCCCGACAAAGGGGAAAGAAAGAAACCAAGGAAGAUUACAUGAAAAGCACACGGGGUUGCCUAGAAGCUGGGCUGGAGUCCUUAUUGAAAGCUACAGGGAGCAACCUUUUGAUCCUCCGGAUUUCUCACUGCCCCAACAUCUUGACGGAUCGGUCCCUCUGGCUGGCCAGUUGCUACUGCCGAGCGCUGCAAGCGGUCACGUAUCGGAGUGCUACGGAUCCGGUGGGCCACGAGGUGAUAUGGGCGCUAGGAGCCGGCUGCCGGGACAUCAUCUCCUUACAGGUGGCACCGCUACACCCUUGCCAGCAACCCACUCGCUUCAGCAACCGCUGCUUGCAAAUGAUCGGGCGAUGCUGGCCGCAUUUACGAGCCCUGGGGGUUGGCGGCGCAGGCUGCGGCAUGCAGGGACUGGCAUCGCUUGCCCGGAACUGCAUGCGCCUCCAAGUCUUAGAACUGGACCACGUGACAGAGGUCAACCAAGAGGUGGCUGCCGAAGUUUGCCGGGAAGGCUUGAAGGGUUUGGAGAUGUUGGUUCUGACAUCCACUCCCGUCACCCCAAAAGCCUUGUUGCAUUUUAACAGUGUUUGCCGAAACCUGAAGUCCAUCGUGGUCCAGGUCGGGAUUGCCGAUUACUUCAAGGAGCCGAAUAGUUCUGAGGCCAGGAAGAUGUUUGAGGAGAUGGUUAACAAGCUCCAGGCCCUGAAGAAGAGGCCCGGCUUUUCAAAGAUUUUACACGUUAAGGUGGAAGCAGGUUGUUAACCCUUGCGGGUGGGGGAAAAAAAGAACAGAAAAAAAAGACGGAUCACGUCUUACAUCUUCUCGUCCACCUGUUGCUAAAGACACCCUGGAGCCGACGCCAGCGGCCUGCAAGCCUCAGUUCUCUGACCUGGCGCCUUCGAAAGCAACCGGCCAAGGGCAACACAUUUUCAAGCAGGCCUUCGGGAAUGGAAGCGGCGCGCUCCUUUUUUUCCGAACAGGUGGGUCGGGUGUGUCGUUGAAUCGACAGUGCUGUGAAUAUCAACCAAGGAAUCUCUCAAGACUGCCAGAGAGGGCUUCCUGUCUUCUCCAGCCCUCGCUUUCCUCAGAGGCAGCUAUAGAAGCAUCUGCUCACAACACCCAGAUAGCUUUUUAUUUGCCGAGCAGUUCUCCAACUCCGGAGUUCCUUUCCUUUCCUCUGGAAACUCAAUAACUUAUGGGCAGAGGGCAAUUAAUGAGCGAGGCUCUUCAAAACUCCCUCGCGAUUCCCUCGUUUGCUCCAAUUGACUGAUGAUUCCUUUGGUCUUCGAGAAGCGUGUGAAGUUUCAUCUCCACAGGGCUCCUUUGAAUGGUCUUGUUUCAUUCCUUUCUCCGCUGACAUCUAUUUGAGGCGUUUUCUGGGUUUGUGGUGUGUGGUUUGGGUUUUUUUUAAAA